CUUUUUCAGAGUUGAUGCGUCGGAGGAGCGGGGCUGGUGGCGGUUGCAGCGUUUUGGCCGUUGCAUCGUAUCCGUAAGUGGCGCGGACGCAAGGCGCGAACAGCACCACCACCAACAGCAGCAGCAGCAGCAGCAGCAGCAGUAGCAUCUAGAAAGAGUGUGAAAGAGCAGCGUCAGUCUGUCGUGCAGCGCUGCAGCAAGCAGUACCAAGUCCCCUACACUCGUAGUGUCGCGCCUCACACGCCGGGACCGCUGCUCCUCCAGCAGGCGUGCGCGUGCGUGUGUGUGUGUGCGGCGACCACUUUAACUGUAUUGACGCCUUCUUUCCUUUCGCUGGGACGAGGACAGCCCCGCCGAGGAAGUGAGGAAAAAGAAGGAGAAAAAAAGUUGAGCACGUGGUCAUGCGGUUCUAAAAGUGAGCCAAAGAAAAAGCUUGCGCCAAGAAGAAGGGUCUGAAGUUAAAUCUACGGAGAGAAAAAAGAGAGAGACUGAGGGACACACAAAGGAUGGACAACUCACGCGGACUAGCAUAUUGGCUUGCCUGCCCUUGUAUCGAGAGCGAGGGUGUGCUGUGUGUGUGAGGUUACUUCUCGGCGUAAAUGAAGAAAUACAGAGUGAAAAGGGAUCUCGAGUUGAACAGGACUGGAUGUGAUUUCAGGGAUCGAUGUCGACUGUUUAUUCAAACACCCUCAGAGUGCGGGACACUACGAUAACUGAAUCCUUCAGCCGAGGUGUUAAAAAUGUCCGCCCGGCGUCGAGUCAGGGGAAGAGAACAUCUUAAUCGUAAUGCUGCGGUAGUAGCCAACAGGAUGCUCAACACCGAUGAAGAGAGGAGGUCUUGGUAGGUACAGAGAAUGGAUUGAGUGCCGAACACGAGGGAAAUCUUGUUAAGGUUCAAAAACAACCCUUUUUGCGGCAGUAGCGCCUUUUGUAUCACUCUGACCCUUUGGGAAGGUCGUGGGGAGGCGGUGUUGCAGCCGCCUCUACACUGAGGCAGCGACGACGACAUGCAGCAUGGAAGUGACAACGAUCCAAAGCCUUCCAGACGAUUCGACGCCGCAGCCAAAGCUUCCACGAGGACGAAGCGACUGUGACGUUCAAAUCCCGGCGGUGUAAACGGAUUGCUUGAAAAAAAAAAUCCAACAAUGCAAUUCUUCUUUUUUAGACUUUUUUCUGAAUUUUUAGUUUCCUGUCACGUCUACUGUUAGGAAGUUUUGAACAAAUGUACAAGAAGUGAUGAUAUUGGUGAGGAAAAUAGAGGAAAUCGACGGAGCUUGCUCUCACCUUUGAUGUUUAUCUGGAAUAAAGUUUUGCUGAGUUUACCAAUUUCCGAAACCUCUUUACUACGGAUAUUUCGUCGUCAACUUGACGAAAAAACCGGAUAUAGAACAAAAGUGGAGUUUGUGUGCGACAGAUUAUCCGAAGUGUCAACCGUUUCUAAUUUCUCAUGGAGAUGGCCAGUCCUGGAUAAUAACAGUUAAAACUCCUAUCAACUGUUAACUGGUCGCCCAUUCAUCUGAGUACAUUACCCUUAUUAUAGGGAUUUUUCUUGCUGCUCGAAAGAAGACAGUUGAUCUAAUCGUCAAUGUAACGACCUUAUUUUGUAUUUUUUGGGUAAUGUGUUCCUGUCCUAGAAUCGAGGCCUGUACAAAAGAAUAUAUUUUUUAAAAGCCAGAAAAAGUGAGGACUUCUGCCCAGGAACUGGAAGGAAGGAAGCACAUUGAAUUCAGGACCUUGUCAACUAGCUAUUUCCUUGGAGCCAGUUAAGCACAGUUGUCAGGUCCGGUGCUAAAUGGGGGCUCAUUAUCCCGGAAUGAUUGAACGCUCUGCCAGAUAACUGUGCGGCGUUGCUUGGAUGAGUAAUCGCCCGUGAUUGAGAAUUGAACCCUGUUGAAGGGAAACGAGUGUUCUUACUGUUGACCGAAACGAAAACUUCUCAGAAAGGAAGUUAAAAAGACAAGGGAGGUAAACAGCUUUUGUAUUGGCUAUUCCUUGUAGAGAACGCAGUGGGAUUCAUGAACAGAAGCGGCUUCUGUUUCGCAAAAACUCUUUUUUCACUUGGUGCACGAAAAACAUCGCUAACACUUUAGUUUUUGUUCACAGAGGGAUAAAGAAAGAGAAAUUAAUAGGUUUCAGUCAACUUGCGUGAGAUAAAAAUAAAAUGGCAUAUACAUGUUGGUGUCAGUCCAGAACAAACAACACGGAAUACUAAAGACACAGCUUUGUGGAUUAUCAGUGGUUGCCCUUCCCCCUUCGAGAUUGGAACACAGCUGUGUGGAUUAUCAGCCUUGUCUCGUUGAUUGGAGCAAACAGCUGUUUGGAUUACCUGUUUACACCUGGACCUCACCUGAAACAUGAGGCACGUGUGGCUGAUACUGAUGCUGUCGAUGUUGCUGUGGAAAUCGACCGCUGAAAAAUGGGAGCUCAAGAGUGUCGUUACGUCCACCACGAUUAUCCCCAUCGACCCCGUGUUUCUGCCCACCGCCAACAACAUCACCGUGCGCGAGGGCGGCAAGGCGGAGCUGCCGUGCAGCGUCCAGUACCUCAGUACCAAAAAGGUGGCUUGGAGGCGCGUGGACCAGGACGAGUUCCUGACGAUCGCGGAAAUGACCUGGGUAGCUGACCCUGCCUUCUCGGUGAGGAAAGAGGUGAAGAAGCAUGACAUCAGCGACUGGUACCUCGUUAUCACCAAUGUCACACCCAAGCACGCAGGGCUUUACGAGUGUCAGAUAACCGCCAGUGCCGGCUACUUCAAACACGUGCAGCUCAACGUUGUAGGUCCGCCAAUAACGGCCCCAGGUACGAAUGACUCCCACACUAUUUCCUUGUACGGCACAGAUUUUGUGGAGAGAGGGGAAAAGAUUCUUUUGAUCUGCAAUGCCACUGGAGGAACCCAAAUCGCCGAGGAUAUUGAUUGGUUUAAAGACGGCAACAUCAUAGAUACGUCGCGGCGACGUCGUAACGACGUAAUGAUACUCAAAUACAGGUCGCUGGAAGAGGGAGCGCUGAUCAGCAGGCUGCAGAUCGAUCACGCCGACAUGGACGACGCCGGGACCUAUGUGUGCCGCAGUUCCUACAACAAGUUAGGAGAUUUUUCAGUCAACGUUUUAGCAGCGGACAGCAACAAUGUAAAAAGAGGUACACAGUCUUCAAACAACACAGCCUGCAGUCCAGUACGAUUUGAAACAAGAAUACUGCGGCUGCUGUUGUGUUGCUGGCUGCUGCUGUACAGACCGUGGCGCUGACUCCUCUGACUCCCGCGCGUGAACCCAAGGACAAGGCGGAAGUGAUAUGUGGGCAUGCGCAGAGACCCAUGAACGAGUGGGCGGAAGUGAUGUUUGAGACGGCGUAACGACCACAGUUGUCGCUCCUUUCUAACCCACCUUGUGUUUAUGUGUGGACAGAUCAUCAGACAGCGGUUAAAUAUAUUUUAUUUUGUUAGGUUUGGUUGUGGGGAGGGAAGCCAUGGUGCUAUGAAGCCGAGACUAGACGUUGCUUCACCACGAGCCACACAAGACAUUUGUUCACUUAUUCCUCAAAACGAGAAUUGAGUUUUUGUUUUUAAUUUGUUAUGUUGACCCUCAGUGAUGGCAGGCAGAUUCAGAGUAAUGUUCACGAGUGUCUUACAAGUUGUGAACUGCAGUUGGGACACUUCUGUUUGAGGGAAACAACUUUAUAGUGUUGGACGACAAUGUAGCGAUGACUGCUGAGAAAGUACAGCUCAUCAUGGAGGCCAGAACGAUAUUGAAGGCAACAGAUUCGAUGUUUGCAUCAAGAGACUUGUGGAAGAUACACCAAAAGCUUUUGAAUGUGGAUGUUUCUGCUGCUUGAUGACUGAUUUUUGGAGCCUCUUGGUGCGUCCAUGUCGAACAACACGAAUCUGCCGCCUGUGAACUCAGACAGUGAACUCAGCUCAUGCUGCUCGUGUCAGGCUCUUUGCUCGGCUGCACACAUUUGAAACCAUGACUGAUUCUUUUUAAAAGAAAAAAAAAGCUUAAUUACUUUUUCAGACAUGGACUGUGAAGUGAAUUGAUGGGAGGGGAAAUUAUAGCUGUUGUCUCUUUCCCCUCAACUGCCCCUCAACUAUUUUUAUAGGGUGCAUGUUGUCGGCACACGAGGGUCUGAAAGGAGUUUUUGACCUUUGACCCUGUGAGACAUGGUUGACGGUGUUUCCGCCUCAGUCCUCAACCUGUGCAGCUUCUGUUUGUGGGAGUCUUUUCACUUUUAUUCUCCAACGGCGUUGUGAUAAACGAAGAGUGAAAUAAAUGUUCAUUGUGAGCCCACCACGUUCGCUUCCUAAGAAAGGUGUACAUAAUUUAUGCAAAUGAAGGGAAUAACAUUUCGGAAAGGUAUGACACAGGUGUUUUUGAACAGGUUUACUGUUGUGUAUAUUAGUUAUUUUGUGUAAGCGUUUGCUUUUAUAAACACAUAUCUAUAGUGAAUGGAAAAAGAGGAAAAUCCACGCAGGUUCUGUUCAAGUUGUCCAACUGAUAGAACAUGACCUGCAGGUUCACGGUGAUCAGAUAGAUAUACCUCAUGUAAUUCUGAAAAUAUUAGUAAAAUGCUGUGUGAGCCCCGUUGUACUAUUUAUAUCUAUUACUAUUUUGUAAUGUUUAUUUAAUUUUCGUAUUAUUGCACACAACAUUUUUGUCUUCUGUUCAUCAGACGUCAAGGGAGGAUACUAACAUCAGAAGCUAUAUUACCUAAAUAUAACUAAAUGAACAUUG